AUGGUUCACAAUGUUCGACCCACCACAUUACUUGUCCUUGGUACUUUCACCUUUGUCGUGACAACCAGUGCUCUUUCUCUAUUUUCCAUCAAACAGUCCAAGAAAAAGGCUGUCAAAUGGCCCCGUCGUGAAAAGCUACCUCGAGACCUCGAGACCUGGAAGUUCCUCGUCAUCGAAGACUACAUGGACGCAUGGAAUGAGCUCCGCCCUCUUCUUGCGCAGCACAACCUCGAGCUCUGGAGAACGACGAUAGGACAACAGCUCUGGGAGCACGACCUGCCUCCGCACGGCGACAACUUUCUUUACCUGACCACUCACGACACACCGAAUAAAUCCCUGGUAAACUGGUGUAGAUUCAGCGUGCUGACGGCGUGUCUACACCACGCUGCGCGCAUGGAUGGAAUUCGCGAUGUCGUUCUCCGCGUAGUUUCCUUAUCAGCCGGAGAUACAGGCCAGACGCAUCUACGAAUAAUAAAGCGCCUGACAUCACCCCCUGAUCAGCUGCUAAGCAGCAACCACAUCCUACCAAUAUUACAAGAGAUUUACUUUGAGGAUAUAGUCAUUAUAGCCGUCCCGAAGCUUAUUUAUAAUGUUCGCGAGGUGCUACGCUAUAGAAAGUCAAAUUCGGUUGAGGACGCGCUGUACAUGGUAGUUCAGGCUUUUGAGGCAACUGCGUAUAUUCACCAAAAAUUCAUUGCGCACCGUGACCUAUAUCUCCCCAACUUUAUGGUCGAAUGGAUGCCAGAGUCUCUCUCAAAACGCACAACCGUGGCUCGACCAAGGGUAUAUAUGAUCGACUUCGAAACAGCCGUUGACUUCCCCCCGGACUCCUUAGAGGCGGAUAGAGUGUGCACGAAAUUCCACCGGGAUCUAGACCAAUUUGGGCGAUACAUCGCACCGGAACUUCGAACGAAGGAGCCAUAUUGUCCUUUCAAGUUGGAUAUGUGGCAGUUGGGCGAAGAUCUGCGGAUCAAUCUUGUGACCGGACUGGAUGAGGUUGAUGGAUUGUGGCAGGCCCUUUGCAUGCCUAAUCCUCAAGACCGCAUGAAUGCUGACACCGCUCUUAAAACUCUCGACGAUUACCUUCGUAAAACUCCCUCUAUCGAUCUCCACAGGGAGAUUUUGGACCCGUUGGAUGCCAAUGAACCCUUUUUUUAUAUAACUGAACAUAUCGACUUUCCCCCAAGACCACUGAAGUACUGA